CCUUAUCGGGAUCACAAAGACGGGGAACAUACUUAAUCAGAGGGUGGCCUCCGAAUGUUAGGGUUACUUAAACCCAACUUUUAUUCGUUCUCACAUUUUCACCCUAGCACCCCAGCUUACUUUAUCGUGGCGGACUUCGGAAAGCGGAGAUUUCUCCCCACUCCCUCUUCCCCUUUCCAUUGCCUACCGCUCGGGGGUUUUCGUUCCCCUGGUUUGUGGGGGGUGUCCUUUUCUCGGGGGUCCUAGCGGGGUCGUGUCUGGGGGGUUGUUAAGGAUCAUGGUAUUGCGUUGGAUGAAUAUGCUUUCGCUGAGGGGUUGUUGGACCAUAGUGCCGUGCUUGUCGGUACGGGCCUACUCCUACAGUCAAACUAUUAUGUCAAUUCGCGCUCUUAUCAGGCCGAAUAUAUUAUCCCUGGCAAGUUUAGUAGCCGGGAAGGUACGAAGGACGUUGAGGUGCCACAUAUAGUGGAAUAAGAUUUGAGACUAUAUCGCUGUGCUUUCACAAUGCGGGAAGGACAUGCCAAUGUGCGGGUAUUGCAUUUGGCGACGGCGACCGACAGAUGUUCGGGAUACGAGCUAUAUUUGUAUAAAUUUGUGAAGGUGGGAUCAUAGGGGUUAGUGGGCAAUCGUGGCGAGGGAAUCGGAAGUGGCUGUGCGCUCGAAUUCAUGCGAUGAAGGGGUGGAAUGAUUGUGUGAAGAAGGAAGGGGAGCCUGGCUGCGUGUCACAGUUUCUAGUACAACCGGUACUGAUUUUGGCACAGUUUUGUGCGAAAGUAGUAGAGGAUCACCAGUAUCUCUCAAUGACCCUACUCAUCUACUAGGUUCGGAAUCACUCCCCAAACGGUGUCAGGAGCAUACAUUUUCUUAUCAACAAUGCGCCCCAAAAUGUGUUUGCGGGGGCGACUGUCCGAAGAGGGUGUGGUGAUGGAUUAUGUACGCUGCGGGGGGCCCACAUUAGGCAUAAAAGGCCAUGCACACCCAAUCUCGGUCAACUCCCUUCUUCCUUCCUUGCGUCUCCCAGGGCCUAGGUAGCCGUUGUGGCCAGACACUCAACCACAACGAGAAAUCCCGCAGCCAAUAUGUCUGAACUUCCAGCAGAUAAGAUGGAUUCAAAUGCCGUUGUGUUCGACAAUGAGAAGAGCUUGAGACACAUUACAGCCCCUGAAGAUGGAAACUCCGUGACCAGGGUCUCAUGGGGUGAAGACGGUGAGAAACCGAGUGAGGAGGAAUUGGCUACUCUGCGCCAUAUCGGUGAUAAAAUUCCGUAUAGCGCGUGGCUGGUUGCGGUCGUUGAAUUGGCUGAGCGAUUCACCUUCUACGGUUUGACCGGACCGUUCCAAAACUACAUGCAAAAUAAGCGGGACGACCCUCGCCUCCCUGGCGCGUUGGGUCUUGGACAGUCUGCGGCUACAGGAUUGCAGUACUUCUUCCUAUUUUGGUGUUACGUUACACCGUUAUUGGGUGCUAUUGUUGCGGACGCCUGGGUCGGUCGUUAUAACGCAAUUGCGCUCUUCACCCUCAUUUAUAUAUGUGGUCUUCUGGUCCUCUUCGUCACUUCUCUCCCAGCAUCACUUGGUAAUGGUGCUGGCCUCGGUGGUCUUAUCGGAUGUAUGAUCAUCAUGGGACUUGGGACUGGUGGUAUCAAGUCCAAUGUUUCUCCAUUGAUCGCCGAACAGUACACCCGCACCAAGCCCGCCCUCAAAGUUCUCACAAGCGGUGAACGGGUGAUUAUCGAUCCCAAUGUCACCGUCCAGAGCUUGUACAAUAUCUUCUACUGGUGUAUCAAUAUUGGGUCUCUCUCUUCUAUCGCAACCGUCUGGCUAGAACUCAAGAUCGACUUCUGGGCAGCAUACCUCCUUCCCUUCUGCUUUCUCUUCGUUGGCUUCUUCACCCUCGUUGUCGGUCGCAAGAGUUAUGUUGUCCGUCCGCCGAAGGGCUCAGUCCUUUUAGACGCGGGUAAAGCACUAGGUAUGGCUGCACGAAACGGCUUUCAGAUGGACGCUGCAAUCCCACAAUUUGGCGAACAAUUCAUCAAUGAACUUAAGCGCACACUUAUCGCUUGCCGUGUCUUCUGCUUCUACCCGGUGUACUGGCUUCUCUACGGCCAGAUGAACAGCAACUUCAUCUCCAUGGCCGGAACAAUGGAAACCCACGGUCUCCCGAACGAUCUCCUGUUCAACUUGAACCCCAUAUCCAUCAUCAUCUUCAUCCCUAUCAUGGAGAGCGGCGUGUACCCGUUCCUCCGCAAACUGAGAAUCCCAUUCAAGCCGAUCACCAGGAUCACCUUCGGCUUCUUCCUAGCUGCCUCCUCGAUGGCAUACGCUGCGGGGAUCCAGCGCUGGAUUUACAACACGAGCCCCUGCUUCGACUUCCCGCUCUCCUGCCCAGCCUCAAGAGAAGGCGCACUCCCGAAUAAGGUGCACGUGGCGGCGCAAACACCGGCAUACGUGCUCAUCGGCCUCAGCGAGAUCUUCGCCUCCAUAACGGGUCUCGAGUACGCCUUCACCAAAGCCCCGCCAUCAAUGAAAUCAGUCGUGAUGGGAAUCUUCCUUUUACAGAAUGCCUUCGGCUCCGCCAUCGGAAUCGCCAUCUCACCCACUAGCAAGAACCCAAACCUCGUCACCUUUUAUGCUUGCAUUGCUGGCGUUACUGCUCUUGCGGGCACUGCCUUCUGGUUCUGUUUUAGGCAUCAUAAUGCUACCGAGGAGGAACUUAACCAAAUUGAUGCGAAUAAUGAAGAAUUCAAGCCCCGUCCCGCGGCUGAUGUUGAGACUGCGGUUGGCAGGUUUAGGAGUAGGAAUUAUUAAGUAGUUGGCGUUAUGCAACGAUUGGGGGGGUUUUUCUUUUUCUUGCUUCGAUGCGAUGGGAUGUAUGUAGCUAUGAUAUUUGACAAUUGAGAGGUGGUCUAGGGA